CUGGGGGGGUGUCGGCGUUGGAGUUGUGAAUUCGUUGCGUUUCCAUGAAAUCCUGCGGAGUGUCGCUCGCUACCGCCGCCGCUGCCGCCGCCGCUUUCGGUGAUGAGGAAAAGAAAAUGGCGGCGGGAAAAGCGAGCGGCGAGAGCGAGGAGGCGUCCCCCAGCCUGACAGCCGAGGAGAGGGAGGCGCUCAGCGGACUGGACAGCCGCCUCUUCGGGUUCGUGAGGUUUCGUGAAGAUGGCGCCAGGACGAAGGCCUUACUGGGCAAGGUAAGACAGCCGCGGGCCGGAGCGCUUACAAGGGUCUCCCGGGCCAGCGCCGCGGUAGCCCCGGGCCCUGCAGCCCGGUCAGUGCUCAUUGUGGCCGCGGACGAUGGCCGAGGGGCUUCCGGAAAACUAUUUCCUGCCUGUGCUCUAACCCCCACCUCUGGGUACCUCGCUUGCUCCCUUGCGAAUUCGCUCUCUCCUCUUGCAGCUGGAGGAUCGGAGAAAAGCAGCGCUUUGGGGCCGAUCCCCACUGGGUCGGCAAAAUUGCCUCCUAUUUUGUCGCUUUGCCGGGCUAGGCCGAUGAUCUCCGAGGUUCCGAUUGAGGGGCAACGGAUCGUAAAUGUGUGCACAUUCCCUCAAAUUUCCGCCUUUCUUGGCUCCUCUAGUUUUUAUUCUUUUCCGUCAGGCAGGCUGUUCGUGAUGUCUGCUGUUAACCGAACGUUAGGGGCUUUCUUCGGUCUCUGCUCCCGGAAGGGGGAAGUUGCACGUAGUUUAGGUCGGUGAAGAGUUUGCAUUGGGCUGUUGACAUGUAUCUCAAUUUUUACCUGAAGUUAGGUGACUUGUUUACUUUUUGGGUCUUUUUGCCAUAGAAAUGGCACACUUACAUGUGAAUUUGUUUUCUUAUUGGAGCUUCGUUUCCUGUGUGUCUUGACAGGGGAGACCGGGGAGGAUUUGGGGUGUAGUCUCAGUUUAUUUGUGUGGAAAGUUGUUGGCACUGUCAUUUAGUUAAGUAAUGGCUGCUCCUAUCGGCCCAAG